AUGCAGUAUGCAAAUUGCAAAAGAGCCUAUACGGACUCAAACAAGCUUCAAGGCAAUGAUGACAUAGUGGUAGCCACCAACAGUCUUGAUGAACUCCAUCACUUUACCACAACUCUUGACUCACAUUUUAAACUCAAAGACCUUGGACCAUUACAUUUUUUUCUUGGCCUUGAAAUUGCCAGAUGCAACAAAGGCAUUUCUGUAUCCCAACGAUCCUUCACACUUCAAUUAUUACAAGAAGCUGACUGUCUUGCUAUCAAACCAGUUUCUACUCCCAUGGAGACCAACAUCAAACUCAAUAAUGAAACUGGAAAAUUGCUUACCAAUCCCAUACAAUACAGAAGUCUAAUUGCUACCAGAAUUCUUCAAUACUUGAAAAACACUCCUGGUCAAGGACUCUUCUUUCAUGCUCCCACUCCAGAACCUAUUCAUCUACAAGCAUUCGCUGAUGCUGAUUGGGCUGCCUGCAUUGACACCAGACGUUCAAUUUCAGGGUAUUGUAUUUUUCUUCCUCUGUCUAAAUCCUAA